AUGUAUGUCGUGGGUCAAUAUCCUAGAUUUUUGAUUGCACACUGGAAGUUUUUACAAACUGUCGUGAACAAAUUAUUUGAAUUUAUGCAUGAAAAGUUCCCUGGAGUGCAAGAAAUGGCCUGUGAAACCUUUGUGAAACUCGCUCAAAAAUGUAAAAGGAAGUUUGUGCAACGACAUCAGGGAGAAGAUAUCAUGUUUCUUGAGAGAAUCCUCAGAAACUUGAAAUCUAACAUUUCGGAUCUAGAACCUGCACACAUUCACGUUUUCUAUGAAGGCGUUGGUUACAUGAUUCAGGCAGCUUUACCAGCUGAUCAAGAGCGACUUCUUCAAAUGCUCAUGUCUAUGCCCAACACAAAAUGGCAAGCCAUCAUGUCUCAUGCUGCACAAAAUGUUCAAUCUCUUGCCGACACUAUAGUAUUGAAAGAAUUGACAAAUAUUUUGAAAACCAACGUUGCUACAUGUAAAUCAGUUGGACAUGCCUUCAUUCAUCAAAUGAAAUUCAUCUUUAGAGACAUGUUGUCCGUGUACAAGGCAUACAGCCAAUUCAUUUCUGAUGAAAUUCAAAAGAUUGGUACAAGAGCAGCCUCCCACAGUAAUGUCAGAGCAAUGCGAGCAAUUAAGAGAGAAACCUUAAAGUUAGUGGAAAUGUUUAUUGCCAACACUGACGAUACUCAAAUGUUAGUCACUUCAUUCUUACCUCCACUUUUGGAUGCCACUCUUGGUGACUACAAGGCAAGCGUGCCUGAUGCAAAAGAUCCUCAAGUAUUGACUCUCCUUUCUGUGGCCAUGGACAAACUUCAAACAGCUAUCGAUCACUACCUUCCAACUAUUUUAGAAUAUGUGCUUGAAUGUACACUUCCAAUGAUUACAACGAACUUUGAGGAUUAUCCUGAGCACAGAAUGAAUCUUUUCACACUGUUAAAGUCGAUCAACAAGAAUUGCUUCCAAUCAUUCUUGCACAUUCCUCCAAAUGGAUUCAAAUUGAUUGUCGACUCGAUUCUAUGGGCUCUCAAACACACUCACAGAAAUAUAUUCGAGACAGGACUCGGCAUUUUACAAGAUAUGCUUUCCAACAUUGAACACCUUAAUAAUGAUGGACUGAGGAAUGAAUUUUAUAGCAAAUUCUACAUUCCCAUUCUUGAUGAUGUUCUUUAUAUUUACACAGAUACAUUGCAUCAGUCUGGUUUCAAGAUGCAAACCACUAUUAUUCACCAUUUACUUUAUGUAAUUGCUACCAACAAGAUCACGGUACCACUUACUGAAAAUCAACAAGUACCAAACGAUUUAUUUGUCAAGAAGCAUAUCCAUGAUAUUUUAAUUGAAAGCUUUAACAACCUCAAUUCCCAAUAUUUACAACAAUUCAUCAUAACUCUCUUUGGAUACAUUCAUCAAGAGAAGGAAUUCACAAAUUGCUUGCGUGACUUUUUAGUGACUCUAAGGGAAUACCAAGGAGAAGAGGUUGAUACAAGCGAUUUGUUCUUUGAAGAAAAGCAACGUAAGGAAUUGGAGCAGCGAGAAAUUAGAGCAGCUGUUCCUGGUUUGGAUUCUGUUGUUGUGAAUGAAUUUGCGCCAUCACAAGACGAUGAUGUUGUGUAA